CCCGGAAGCAGACUGUGCGCGGUCCCGGAAGUGACGCACCACCACCUUUCCGGUGAGGGUGGCGUGCUCUCUCCGGGCCAGGCAGGGGAGCCGUCGCGGCCAUGAGCGUCCCGGCCUUUAUCGAUAUUACCGAGGAGGAUCAGGCUGCAGAACUUCGAGCUUAUCUGAAAUCUAAAGGAGCUGAGAUCUCCGAAGAGAACUCUGAAGGUGGACUUCACAGUGACUUGGCUCAGAUUAUUGAAGUCUGUGAUGUAUGUCUAAAGGAGGAUGAUAAAGAUGUUGAAAGUGUAAUGAACAGUGUAGUAUCUCUGCUUCUUAUCCUGGAACCUGACAAACAAGAAGCUUUAAUUGAAAGCCUGUGUGAGAAGUUGGUAAAAUUUCGGGAAGGCGAGCGUCCAUCUCUGAGGCUGCAGCUGCUGAGCAAUCUCUUCCACGGUAUGGAUAAGAAUACUCCUGUGAGAUAUACAGUCUACUGCAGCCUUAUUAAAGUGGCCUCAGCAUGUGGUGCCAUUCAGUACAUUCCAACUGAACUAGAUCAGGUUCGAAAGUGGAUUUCUGACUGGAAUCUCAGCACAGAGAAAAAACAUACUCUUCUGAGACUGCUGUAUGAUGCAUUGGUGGACUGCAAGAAGAGUGACGCUGCAGCCAAAAUAAUGGUGGAACUGUUGGGAAGUUACACAGAGGAUAAUGCUUCCCAGGCUAGAGUUGAUGCUCACAGAUGUAUUGUCCGAGCACUGAAGGACCCAAAUACCUUUCUCUUUGACCAUCUUCUUGCCUUAAAACCAGUGAAAUUUUUGGAAGGAGAACUUAUCCAUGAUCUUUUGACCAUUUUUGUAAGUGCUAAAUUAGCAUCCUAUGUCAAGUUUUAUCAGAACAACAAAGACUUCAUUGACUCACUUGGCUUGUUGCAUGAGCAGAAUAUGGCAAAAAUGAGAUUACUUACUUUUAUGGGAAUGGCAGUGGAAAACAAAGAAAUCUCAUUUGACACAAUGCAGCAGGAACUUCAGAUUGGAGCAGAUGAUGUAGAAGCAUUUGUCAUUGAUGCUGUAAAGACAAAGAUGGUGAACUGCAAAAUUGAUCAGACACAGAGAAAAGUAGUUGUCAGUAACAGCACACAUCGGACUUUUGGAAAGCAGCAGUGGCAACAAUUGUAUGACACACUUAACUCCUGGAAACAAAAUUUGAAUCAAGUGAAAAACAGUCUCCUCAGUCUUUCUGAUACCUGAAUGUUGCGUUGUUUUUGUUUGCCUCAGAGCAGAUUCCAAAACCAUAGUAAAAACAUUCAAAACUUCAUUUUGACAACUUCGAAGUUUUUUUGUCUCCAAAAUAUGUGUAAUUGGUUUUAAGAAAUUAAAGACUCAACUAUGAGCUACAAAAGCAAUAAAAGUAAAAUGGGAAAACA